AUGGUACUUGUUUGCGGCCUGGCCCGUCAACUGCUCUGCUUCAAGCGCACAGAUAUCGACAAGGUGCACGAGCUUCCCUGUGCCCGACCAACGCGCAACUCUCUGAAUCCUCACAACUUCGACAUCGACAACCCCCAGCUCACGGCCAAGGUCGUACCGGCCCCACUCAUGCCACCCAAGCGCAAGACGACGGAUGACGGCACAGCCACGGGUCAUUCCGAGAAGAAGACGAGGGCUGUCAGGAAAGGCAAAACUGCUGCAUCUGGCAACGAUGAAGUUUACAGCUCCCAGCAAAAGGCUGCCAUUCAGCAAUUCAUGAACUUCACUCAGCUCGACCGUAACUCAGCGAUAAGGGCGCUGAAGAGCUACGGGUGGGACGCCCAGAGCGCCGUAAACGCGUAUGUAUAA